AUGUCCUUAAGAUGUCACACGUGGGGAACCUCAUUGGGAUCGCAUGCUGUCAAAGUCAUUGGAUGGGGUGUAGACAAGGGCGUAGAUUACUGGUUGGUGGCCAAUUCAUGGAAUACUGAUUGGGGAGAGAACGGUUAUUUCCGUAUACGUCGAGGCACAAACGAGUGUGGGUUUGAGUCAAGAAUAUGCGCUGGAGAUAUCAAUCUCAAGAAAAUUUGA